CCAGCAGAAAAGAGGCUGACCCGAGCAGAUUACGUCAAUUGUAGAAAGUUGAAGAAUAAAAAACGCAAAGUUCAAAGUUUCAAUAGCGUCGAACUGAUCUCAUUAGAUACCAUUGAGUGUCAUCUCUGAAGUAUUACUUUGUGCAAGCAUUCUAUGACAUAAACCAGCCCGCCUAUCCUAUGAAUGUUUCUUAUUUGUAAUUUUUAAUUUUAAAAAAAGUUGUCGGCUCAUCGCUCGGUGCUCAGUUUUGACACCUCCCCAUGAGUGAGAGAGCUUGUUGGAAGACUUGGUUGUGUUUAGCUCAUUGUUACGCAGUUCACUCCGUUGUUGUCGACCUUGUGUGCAUCUAGUGCUGGUUGUGCGCGGAAACCAAUAACCAUUAAAAAAAAAAGUAAUUUUUAAUGAAAGGGCGUCGUAAUGAUGAUUCGGAAGACAAUGGUUUUGCGAAAUGGGGAGGCUACAUGGCCGCGAAGAAGUCGAAGCUGGAGCAGCAGUUCUCGGCCAAUCCCAGGCCCGAGGCCGACGGAGGAGGCAUCUUCGCCGGGGUCGCCAUCUUCGUGAACGGCUACACUCGGCCGACGGCGGAGGAGCUGAAGCAGCUGAUGCUGCGGCACGGCGGCACGUACCACCACUACCGGUCGCGUGCCACCACGCACGUCAUAGCCGCCAACCUGCCCGACAGCAAGGUGCGGCAGCUGAAGGGCACGGACCGGGUGGUGCGGCCGGAGUGGGUGGCGGAGAGCGUGGCGGCCGGCCGGCUGCUGGACCACCGGGACUACCUGCUGUGCCCGGCGCGGCCGUGUGGCCAGGCGCGGCUCGGCUUCCCCCCGGCCGUGCCCGCGCCCGCCCGGCUGGCCAGCGACGACAACUUCCUGGAGGAGUUCUACAGCAACUCGCGCCUGCACCACAUCUCGACCAUGGGGGCGGCCUUCAAGCAGUACGUGGGCGAGCUGAGGGCGGCCGGCAGGGGCAGCUUCCCGGGGCUGGAGCGCCUGCAGGCGGCCGGGCGCCACCGCGACGGCGACGACGGCGACGAUGACCUGUUCGGGGAGCCGGGGUCCGCGCCGGGCGACCGCGUCAUCAUGCACGUCGACAUGGACUGCUUCUUCGUGUCGGUGGGCCUGCGCGCCCGCCCGCACCUGCGCGGCCUGCCCGUGGCCGUGACGCACGCCCGGGGCGAGGCGUGUCCGUGCAGCCCUGGCCGCGCAGAAACCCGCCAGCAGGAGCGCGAGUGCUACAGGCAGCGGCUGAAGGAGCGGCUGGGGGAGCAGGCCUCCGUGCCGGACGACGCCGUGCCGGGGGGCUCCAUGUCGGAGGUGGCGUCGUGCAGCUACGAGGCGCGGCGCGCCGGCGUCACCAACGGCAUGCUCCUGGGGGCCGCGCUGGCGCUCUGCCCCGCCCUGCGCACCAUGCCCUACGACUUCGAGGGCUACCAGGAGGUUGCCCGCGCCCUCUACGACACCGUGGCUGAGUACACCCUGGACAUCGAGGCCGUCAGCUGCGACGAGAUGUUCGUGGACUGCACGGAGCUGCUGCGCAGGGCGGAAGUCACGCCUCUCGAGUUCGCCACCGUCCUGCGCCGCGAGAUCAGAGAGCGGACGGGCUGCACCGCGUCCACGGGGCUCGGGCCUAGCCCCCUGCUGGCGCGGCUCGCCACCAGGCGCGCCAAGCCCGACGGCCAGUUCCUGCUGGAGGCGUCCGAGGCCGAGGGCUUCCUGCGGGACGUCGCUGUGGGCGACCUGCCCGGCGUGGGGCGCAGCGUGGCGUCGCGGCUGGCGGCCCGGGGCGUGAGCACCUGCGGGCAGCUGCAGAAGCUGUCCCUGGCCGCGCUGCAGGCCCAGUUCGGGGCGAGGACGGGGCUCGCCCUGCACCGCCACUGCCGCGGCGUGGACGACCGCGAGCUGCACACGUCAGGGCAGCACCGGCGCAAGUCGGUGUCCGCGGAGGUCAACUACGGCAUCAGGCUCGCCGACCGGGGGCGGGCGGACGCCUUCCUGCGGCGACUGGCGGGCGAGGUGGCGGGCCGGCUGGCGGCGCUGGGCCUGGCCGGCCGCAGCGUCGCCCUCAAGCUCAUGGUGCGUGCCAAGGACGCGCCGGUGGAGACGGCCAAGUUCCUCGGCCACGGGGUGUGCGACAACGUGACGCGGUCGUCCUCGCUCGCCGCGCCCGUGGCAGACGCUGAGGCCAUCGCCAGAGAGGUGUUGGGCCUGGCGCGGCAGAUAGCGGCGCCGCCUGCGGAGUGGCGUGGCGUCGGCAUCCAGGUGUCGCGGCUGGAGGCACGGACAGCCCCCUCGCACGGCCUGGAACGCUUCCUGGCCGCGCCCCGGGGCAGCGAGGAGCCCCGGCCGAGCACGGACCGCGUCGUCACACUGUCACAGGUGGACCCCAGCUUCCUGGAGGCUCUACCAGACGACGUGCGACAGGAGGUGGAGGCAAGCCUCGCUCGCGGCGGGCGGGACUCUGCUGAGGAGCUGAGCACGGACAUGCCGCUGCGCGAGGCAGAGACCGUGCUGCGCGAGUGGGCGCGCACGCAGCGGCGACCGGAGCCGUACGACAUCUACCUGCUGGCCGACUACGCGGAGCGCCUGGCCGCGCUCGGCCGCGCCGACACCCUGCUAGCCGUGCUGCGGCUGCUGCGCGAAUGCACGGCGCACAAACAGGACGACGCCUGGCGGGAAGCGUGCCAGAGCGUCGAGGACUGCGCACAGGAGACGAUGCUCCGUGUCCACGGGGAGGAACUAGCCGUGUGACGUCCGUGAACCUCGUGCCAGUCACCACAUUCACACAAUGCUGCUUUCUAACUAAUUUCCGAAGACAUAAAUUUACAAUCAUGAACGAAUACUUCAGUUUAAGGAUCUCAUGUGUAAACAUUGCAUUUGUAGGCCAGUGGUUAUCCAACCACUAAACUUCAAAAAUUCAGUAAAAAAAGAUGUUUCACGAGGUAUUUUUAGAAAUUGGGAAACUUCAUUACAAAAGGAAUAAAAUUGCACAUAUUUAUAGGCCCAGUGCUGAAUUCUUCAAAUUUUAUCAUGCAGGUAAUUUUGAAUUCUAAUUUUCAAAGACUAAAUUACACCUACUAGAUUUGGAGAUAAGACUAACAUGGAACAACCUCAACUAUAAGUAUAAGUGUGUGUACGUACACACGCACACACACACAUGCAUACGUUAGCACUUUAGUAGGCGAACCAUGCUCAUCUGGGCCUGAUAGGGUAUAUCACAUAUUUCAGAGACACAACUCCCUGUUGUCAACUGAAUCCUACAUUCCAGUCAACACCAUUCUGUAGGACUAUGGAAAAAAAAAAAAAAAAAAAAAAAAAAAAUUAAGUUAUGUUAUAAAGUAAUAAUACAAUAAUUAUAUAUUAGUGUGUAUUAUAAUUAGAGCUUAAGAUUAUUACCACAAAAAAAAUUGCAACCAUAUCUUAGGAAAUGACACAACUGGACUGAAAGGAUUAAAACAAGAUGAAAUUGCAAAUUGAUGAAAAAUUGAUGAGUCUCUGCUUUGAUGUGCUGGAUGCAGCACUAUGUCAAACUCUCUUUUAAAAAAAAAGGACGUAACCAUUUGCACAUCCUUGGAGAAUGUAGGUAUGUUGGACUGUUUGUGGCCAGGAGAGUGAGUUGAGCCAUGGAGUGGAAUAGAGCACCACCAACUCUUUGGUAGACAGAACUUCUAGCCGACGUGGUCAUCGGAUUGCACGGGACACUACCUCUCGUCAGUGGAAGUAGCACUUCCGGCAUUUCUGAUUUCUGGUUGUAGCAUCGGACUGUGCCGCUGUUUGAAUUAUCCUGAAGUUUCGUGAAAAAUUCUCUUUGCAUACAAACUCAAAUAAAAUCACAAAGUUAAUUUAAUUCAACACACUAAAAUAAUAAACGUUCAUUUUAAU